GGUGUUGAAUUAAGAUAUAAAUGCACACUGAAUGGACAUUCUGCCCCAGUUCUGGCUUGUGCAUUUUCUUAUGAUGGGCAGAUGGUAGUUUCAGGGUCUGUGGACAAAUGUGUCAUACUCUAUGAAACUAGUACUGGCAGUAUCCUUCACACUUUGUCUCAGCAUACCAGAUAUGUUACAACUUGUGCUUUUGCACCAUAUAGUCCCUUACUUGCCACAGGUUCAAUGGAUAAAACUGUGAACAUUUGGCAGUUAGACCUUAAGCAACCCUGUGCAGGAAAUACUGUGGAAAAUGAAUCUAAGGUGGCUGUUGAGGACUGGUCAGAGGAUGAUGUUUCAGCCUGGCUUUGUGCACAAGACUUAGCAGACUUUGUUGGUCUUUUCAAAAUGAAUAACAUUGAUGGCAAGGAACUACUGAAUCUUACUAAAGAAAGUCUGGCUAAUGAAUUAAAAAUUG